UACAUUAGUAAACGUGUUCCAAAUUCAAAUUUGUCCUGCAUUGUUUUCUUCAGCGACAAUAUUUUCUAGACAGGAAGACAAUUGGUCCUUGACAUUCAUGUGUUACAUUUAGCUAAUAAAUUGGUUAAACAGCCUCGUGGUUUAGUCUUUGUAUUGACGGUACAGGUGUGUAAAGGACCUGGAAGAAUGGGUCUUCGACUUCACGUAGUUCCUGUUUUAUUUCUUUUCGUUUAUUUUGUCUCUUUCGUUGCAUGUGAAGAUGGUGAGAACGUCAAAGAAAAUUUACUUAAUGUGGAAACCGUUGGGAGACAACUCGUUGAACAAGGUCGUACUUUUGUCCAUCACGUAGUGAAACGUUUCAUGGUCCUUAUUCCGGUCAUAUUCUUCAAGCUUGGUAUUGGUUUCGCCCUUUUGGUACUAGUUACCCUACUAGCCGCCAACAAUGGUAUAAUUGGAUUCCUGCUGCUGGUAGUUGGAAUGAGUGCAGUGCUAGCGCGUCUCCAGGAAGCAAGAAGGGUACCAUUCGCCCCGGCAGUUUAUGCUGCUGCUCCGCCAGUGGCUCCUAUCCCAGCUCAUGUCCACUGGGACAGGAAAGACACCAUGGAAACACCUCAGUUACACACAACUGGUCCUACUUUACCCAGUUACUAUGGUAAUACUGAUGUCGUUUACCAGAAAUACUACCCGAGUAACCAAUAAGGAUAAACUUGAACACAUGCACGUUGUGUAAAUGUAAAUUAUUAAUUUAUUUGUUUGUUGCAAUAUUUAUUAUUAUUGUCUAUUUUCCU